ACUUGGGAUUGCUCGAGAAGACGAAGCACCGGAAAGCUGGAAAGACGAGGGCCGCCUCAGGGCCAAGGGUUCCUCCAGUCUUAAAUCUCGAUCCCUCCCCGUUUCCCUUCUCGUGUGCCCGUCUUUCUCCCCAUCCUCCUUUCGGAAUUCGGUUUCGGCGCCGUCGGCUCAGCCUCCGAUCGCCUCUCCAGAAUCUCGAGCACCGGGACUCGAUCGGCUUCGAGGUGGCGAUCGUGGUGCCCAUGAGGAGGCAGAAUGAGAGGGAUGAGGGCGCCGAUUGCAUCGAAUUCCGUGAACGGGAGUCGAUGAGGGCGAGGUUGACUGUCGAGAGAGAGGGUGCGUGGGGAAUUCCGAUGAAGUCGUAGAGUUUGGGUUUUGGAGUUGCCACUUGCCACUUGUGGUUUUCCCCUUUGAUUCUAAAUCUUUGUCAACUUUAGGUAUUUUUACAUGAAAUUGUUCUGGAAAAUCGACGUUCCUCUGCAGCUAGGGCCAGCAAUUCUUAGGUACUUAUUCAUUUUCUUAAGUUAGGGCCAGCAUUCCUUAGUGCCCUUCUGGCGAUUAAAGGAAGAAAGAAAAAGAAUCUUUCUUUAUGUUGUCAUUGAUAAAGAUGAAAAAGAAUCUUUCUUUAUGUUUUGAUGGGAGUUUAAGUCCAUCCAAAUCUUCUUUUAUUGAUGCGGGAAAUGUGAACUGCAUUGGAAAAGGGAAGGACUUUUUCUUUUUCGUUUUUCUUUUAUCCUCAUCUCUUUUGUCGUCUCACACUUUUGUUCCUCAAGUCCACUUAAUAUUACCAAAUGAUGCUUCAUUUUCCGUUAGAGUGGCUAGGAUGUUACAGUUUCUUGCAGUUUGGUGUGUUUGGAGGCAGGGAAUCCUCCGUGGUGGGAGGAGAGAGAGGGAGGCAGAGUCGAGUUAAAUUUGCGCUUUAAUUAUCCAUCGCCCUGGUACUUGUCUCAUGAUGUGGUGCCACAUUGAUGCCCGAGUGUGACGUUGCUUCUUGUGCUUCUGUACAACUACUGCUGGUCGUUUUCUCAAGGGAUUGAGUCCCCUUACCGUAUCUUUAUUAGUGAAUAUAAAUUAGGCCUUAAAAAGAGGAAGAGUGAUUGAGGGCUUGUGAGGGUGGUAUCGGGAAACGGCAUGUCUUAUUGUAAAUGUAAGACAUAUAGGUUGACCAUCCCUAGACCUCACACUAGCAGGAGCCUUAUGUACUGCACUGCCCCUUUUGGGAGAUUAUAGCCCUUGUAACCAUUUUCACUUGUGUCAAGUCACUGUUCUGGCGCAUUUCCUGUUAAAGUUGAUUGCUUAGAAUUCAUGAUGGUUGGUUUCUUUUCUUUUCCAUUACUUGGUUCUUUUGAAUGUUUUUGUCAAUAUUCUAUUAUUUUUUAUGAAUUUAUUCAAAAAGACCCAUAUUUCCUCCAUGUUCUUUUUCAUUAACCCAUUUGUCUGUUUUUACAUCUUGAUAGAAUUGUUUCAUAUUAUGUUCUCUGUUAGAAUAUCACUCUGGAAUAACGGAAAGAAAAGGAAUAUUACUUUAUGCUGCAAUAAGAAUUGCUAAUAGCUUUAGCAUUUGUGCAAAAUUCUUAGGUUCUUGCUGUUUUUUUUGGUCUUUUAAAUCUGUUUUUCAGAUCCUUUGACUUAUGAGCCAAACUAAUAUUCGGCCACCUUCACGAUGGGUUAAUUAUCCCUUCCAUUACUUAAAAAGAAAAUCUGUCAGUUUCACCAUUGAUGCAUGAAAUCUGUAACUUUCAGAUCCUUUGACUUGUGAGCCAAACUAAUAUUCUUUGUCUCUCUUUCUUUCCUUCUUUAUUUCUUUCUUUUUAUUCUUGUCGUCGUCAUCGUCAUCCUUCUCGUCACCUUAACUUUUUGAUAAUAGUGUGUUUAAGCUAACUGAUGGACAUUUCAUUUUAGCCUUCUCGUCACCUUAACUUUUUGAUAAUAGUGUGUUUAAGCUAAAUGAUGGACAUUUCAUUUUAAUGGAAGGUUGUUACAAAUGUACAAUGGCUUGCUUUUUAAGUUGGGAACUUCAUCUGAGGAUAGAGGGUUAAUUAUAAACUUGCAGCUUGCUGAUUUAUCUCCUGAACAUUUGUCUCCUAUUGUUAUAUUGGUGACAGAUUUACACCCUUCGUUUACCUGUAAAACCAGGGAAGAUAACUAUCAUCGAGAAAAAAUGUCAUCAUCGUAUGAAAAAUCUUUGAAGAAGGAGAUCUUGUUUUUCGGUGGAAAAGUAAUGUUUUCCAGUAGGAACUAUGACAAAUUAAAAAAACUGAAUAUUGGUCAUAGUCAAAUUAAUGGUAACACCUACAAAGAUACAACUUCCUCCAGGUAUUCAUACUUACUCGACGUUCAUUGUUCAAGAAUUACAAUUUAUCAUGACAAUGAUGAUGACAACUCGGGGAAUAGUAAUUCUUACCUGGGGAGGAGUUCUUUCUUACCCGGGGAUAGACGAAAGUAUUGAAAUGAUAGCAUUGGAGAAUAAACUAAUAAUUGGCAAAUUUGCAUAAUUUGAAUAUAAGUGAUCUAAACAUGAAGGAUUGAACUUUGAUGCAGAUUUCCUGGAGUUGGCUCUGUAGUUUGGAAUGAUCUUGAUGUUUGCAUGUGCAUUUCCUCUUCUUAUCUUCUGCUUUGAUAGGAUGCUAAAAUAGAUAUAGACACUGAAUAAGCAUUCAUUAACAGGAGCCAGCUUGGGUGAGAACAAAUUGCAUGUGAUGUAGCUUAGGCAACGGACACGUUCUCUAAGCAAUUUUUCAGGAGCAUCUCCACUAUAGAAAGAACGCAACAAUACUGCACAUAGCGGAAACCACUGCAGGUUUUGUAGAAUAUGUGGUGGCCUCUUUCUUUUUUUCUUUUCUUUUUUUUUGUCAGCUUACCCAUCUGUAGUUUUUAGGAGGACUACGAGAAGAUCUUUCCCUUAUUCAUUUUUAUUAUAUUUUCAUAUGUUGUUUUCUUUUUUCUUUGCUGUGUUGUGUCCUUUGUUGUCUUAGUGUUUCUGGUAAACAUAAUCAUUGAUACCAGUAAAAAGAUGUUUCUUCCCAUUAUUGCUAGAUUUUCCAAUUCAAGCUGAACAAGAAUGCUUGUCAUGCAGGACUAAUAGUAUACAUUGAGAUUCCUUCUCUGUACUAAUCCGAUUAGAAAGGGAUGUGCAAGCUCUGAGGAGGGUUAGAUAGUCAGGAAACAAGACAUGCACAGGAAAGAAUGGGUUGCUGCUCAGGAUUUUUUUAUUUUUUUGUGAGCUCGAGAUUUAUCUCAAAGCAGUCUGAUUCACUGGAAUUGACUUUGAGAAGGAUGGAAGCUGGAACUUGUUGCCUGAUGGUCAAGCGCUACACUUGACAGUUUGGAGAAAUUGUUUGAGCUUUCCAACUACACUGGAUUGUUUCAAACUUUUAACUUGUCUACUCAUCCAUUCCAAAAGCCUGGCUCAAAAUAAAUGACAAGGAGAUCAGUAUUGGAGGCUUGGAACCUUGGCACUAAUGUUCAAUAGUUACUUUUCCUUGGCAAUGCCCUGUGUUGCAUACUAUCAAAAGGAUUUAUACUUGCAAUAAUUCCAAGGUUGAUGCAGUAGCUUUAAGCCUUACCAACCAGUUUCCCUAUAGUGCUUGGAAAUGAACCAGAUGAGUGGUCUGCUCAAAAGCAUCAAUCUACACUUGUACGGAACAAACUGGUGCAUGUUUCCUUCCUUUCAUUUAUGAAUUAUUUCUAUGGAUUAGACAAUAGGAAGAAGGAGCAUAUCCAUGGAUUUCUUUGUACCAUAUUAAUCAGAGUGCUAAUCUGGGUUAUAGGCAGGGCACUUAUACAGGAGAUUGGAAGUUCCUCUAGUAACAUGAUUGUUCAAGGAUGGAACUCGUCCUCAGUACAAACUUUGUCCAGGUGUUUCCUCUGUUGCUUAAAAUAAAUCUGGGAGCAGCUUUGCAUGAAAAUUACCACUUAAUUGUUCUGAGAAGAAGAUGUUUUUGGUUUUCUAAUUAUUUGACUUAGAGCUUUGACCAAUUUCUCAUCGACUAAUUGUCUCAUUUCCAUACUUAUUGCAGCUCCUAGUUUCAAGAUUUUGUGAACUUUUCAGUUCUUUGUGUGAAAAUGCAUACAGAUUAUGAUUAGCAAUGUGUUUGAGGGGGCAAAAAUUAUCAAAAAGUUUCUCCUUUAUUUGUAAAGGUUGAAACUAAGUGUGAACUUUCUUGGAGAAGGGCAUGUUCUCAGCAAAGUGUGAAUGAGUUGUAUGGGAUCUGGCAACUCACCUCAGGCAUGCAUUAUUUUUCCCCGAAAGCUACCUGUCUCCUGUUCUUUGGAAAGAAUUAUUUUGCAGAAGAAAGAACAUCAAGUCUUCCAACACCUGCAACUCUGUUGAAAACUCCCAGGUUGCUCUCACAUUGACUGAAUUCAGGGUCACGAAAACGGGUUAACGGGUCCGACGACGCCCUUUAUUAGACCCCGCGACGGCGGCCGCAUGCUCUCUCGCUUCUUCUGUUCCCAAAUCGCCCCCUUCGCAUCUUCUUCGCCGGACGAAUCGAUCGGACGAAGCGGGGACGAGUAGAAAUCCUCCUUCGAAUCAGCUUAGGCGACGAUGGCCGAUUACGCUCAGGAGCAGGAGAUGGAGAUCGAGGCGCUACAAGCCAUUCUCAUGGACGAUAUCGAAGAGAUCGAUUCCAGUGAGAGUGGGCUAAGCACUCAAAAUCGGUGCUUUCUUAUUUCACUAACUCCGCAGGAUAAUGAUGUGGAUGAGUCAAUUUCAACUCCAGUUAAGAUGGGUCUGAUAUUUUCUCACACUGAAAAGUAUCCUGACGAACCCCCACUUCUGAAUGUUAAAAGUUUAAGAGGCAUUAGGCCAGAAGAUCUGACAAGUUUGAAAGAAAAGCUUCUCCAGGAGGCAUCUGAGAAUCUUGGCAUGGCAAUGAUUUACACGCUAGUCACAUCAGCUAAAGAGUGGUUAAGUGAAGCGUAUGGAAAUGAUGUUGGAAUUGAAGAUUCUGAAGAAAAUGAUGCAGUUAAAGAUGAGAUUAUUGUUCCACACGGAGAACCGGUUACCGUAGAAUCCUUUGUUUCUUGGAGAGAAAGAUUUGAAGCUGAACUAGCACUAGAGCGAGCCAAGUUAAUGCCAGACUCUGCUUUAACAUCAACAAAGGAGAAGAAGCUUACUGGAAGACAGUGGUUUGAGAGUGGAAGACAUGCAGUGAAAGGUGCAACUACAGUUGCUGAAGGGUCUGAAGAGGAAGAGGAAGACAUUGAGUUUGAUGACGACUUUGAAGAUGAUGAGGAAGACAUGCUUGAGCAUUAUUUGGCGGAGAGGUCUGAGAAAUCAUCCGAGGGAUCCAGGAAGUGAACAAAGAAUACAUAGUCCUCCCACUUCAUAUCAAGUCUGAGAUCUUUUUAUUGUCCUCCAACUUUGAGUUUGUUCUUUUUCUGCGUCUUCUUUUUCUUUUACCAAUUUCACAGCUAAGAAAUUGAUAUAUCUUGCGAGAUUUUGACCGAUUCUCCCCAAGUCUGAAGUGAUGGCAUCUCCCCAAGUCUGAAGUGAUGGCACCUCUCUCUUGUAUGUCUUUGGUCGAUAUUAAGCUAAUCCAUCAUAGUAGUUAUAGCAGCAGCACCACCGAUUGCAUGCUGAUUGAAAAUUAAAUCUGAACUCUUUGAUCGUGUUGUUGUUGUCGGUCUUCAAAUGUUUACAUGUAUUAUUACAUUAGUAGAAGUGUCGGUCAUCGAAUGGCUUUUAGGUUAUCUUUGACAUUGGCCUCUAUGAUAUAAAAGACGUGAUGAAUCAUGGAACCCUUU